AUGAAGGGUGAUGAUGAAGAGCAAGUUCAUGAAGAAGAAAAAUAUAUUGAUGAAGAAGAGAUUCCCAUCCAUAAAAACAUUGCAAAGGGGCUACAAAAAAAUGAAGGAAAGAGCACCUCAAUCCCAAAAUUGGUGAAACCUCUUCCCAAAAUAACCCCUCCUUUUCCCCAACAUCUCAAAAAGAAAAAUGAGGAUGAGAAGUUCAAGAAGUUUUUAUCCGUGUUCAAGACACUCUCUAUAAAUCUACCAUUAGUGGAAGCAUUGUUGGAGAUGUCGGGUUAUGCCAAAUUCAUGAAUGAGUUAGUCACAAAUAAAAGAAGCUUGGACUUCGAAACAAUUGAAGUCUCUCAUAGUUGUAGUGCAAUUAUGACUAAUCAGAAGAUUAAAAAGAAAGAAUAUUCGGGAGCAUUCACCAUCCCUUGCAUUAUCGGUAUGCUCCAAUUUGCCAAAGUUCUAUGUGAUUUGGGGGUAAGUAUAAAUCUAAUGCCUUAUGCAAUCUAUAAACAACUUAGGUUAGGUGAACCAAAAUCCACAACAAUGAGGCUUCUAAUGGCAGGCCGGUCGAUCAAGCACCCCAUGGAGAUACUCAAUGAUAUCUUGGUAAAGGUUGACCGAUUCAUCUUUCUGACCGAUUUUGUCAUCCUUGAUUGCGAGAUUGAUGCUGAAAUUCCCAUUAUUUUGGGACGACCAUAUUUAGCAACCGGGAGAGCACUAGUGAAUGUUGAAAGCGGGGAAUUGAAGUUCCGGGUGAACGAAGAUGAAGUCACCUUUAAUGUGUGUAAGUCAAUGAAGCACCCAAGUGAUAUUAAUGUAGUAUCGACAAUUGAUGUAAUUGAUGAAGCAAUGGCUAGUGUGAGCCAUUUGAUGUGUAUGAAUGAGCUACUUGAGGCUGUGCGUGCAAUCUAUGAUGAGACUGAUGUCCAAGGUUACGAUGAGGUGGUAUCUUCCCUUUCAGGAUUAGGGGAAUGUCCAAAGAAUCCAUUAAAGCUGGAUAUUGAUCUAAAAAAUUGA